AUGUGCGUAGUGCUUGAAAUAAAAACUCAAGGGAGUUCUACUGAACAGUAUUGGAUAAAGGAAUAUCAGGUCUCCUACGGUAGCGAUACUCAAUGGUUCGCUCCAUACAUGGCAAAUGGUGUAAAGAAGGUAGCCUUUUUGGGUGUUUUAUUACUAUAGUUGUAUAUUUGCACUGUAGAAUUAACUAUUUAUAGUUUGACCCAAUAUUUCUAUUUGAUCUAAACUGUCCUCUUUAGAGGUUUAUCAAAAAUCAUUCUUAAUUUGUCCGGUGUUGCUAAAGAAAAAAUCUAAACUUAUCCAAUAAGGAACAACUUUUGUUGGCCCAACUAAUCUCACUACAGAAGGGAACUUAAACUAAACGAACUUUAUAUGAACUGGAUAUAGGCCUAUAGCUGUAUUAAACUUCUCCCUCUUGCUCUUGUGUUACUACAGGAGGAAACCUAAACUUAAGUAACUCUAUGAUACAGGAAGCUUAAGCUUCUGUUCGAAAAGACUCAUCGAUCCAUUGUGUAAGAAGAUAGCAUUAGCUAAACCUGUUUUAUUAAUACUACCUAUUUGUUAGUAUAAGUUCUAGACCAUUCUCCCUAGAUGUUCAGAUUGGACGAUUUAUUGGCCUAUAGAGUAAAACCAAAAACAAACCGAAUUAAUUUAGCCUCGCAUGGUAGCUUUAUAUCUCGUCUGUUUAAAUUCUUUUCCUAUAUAUACGUCAUAUAAGCUGAAAUUAUAGGCUGAGGUCUUCUUCUUUUUUAUAUUCAAUGUAGACUUUUGUCGGUAACAUUGAUCAACAAUCAGUUGUCAGCCACAAGCUGGUGCCUGUGAUUGUAGCAAGAAUAAUUCGAAUACAUCCCAUUUCAUGGGAGGAAAAGACCGGCCUUAGAGCGGAAUUCAUUGGUUAUUAUCGAGGUAUGAAACAACACACUUGACUAGUAACAACAGUAUGCAGUUUGAAUAAGAACCAGUUAUGAACCAACUCUGUCUGAUUUUAAGUACCAGAGAUAACUUCAGUCUAUCGCCAAAAUAGUAGUUUUUCUUAGAGGUCUACUAAAAGAGCAUUGAUUCCUAAACUAAAUCAAUUUUAUUUAUACUGUAUUAAUAGCUCUAUCAGUUCUAAACAGUUCUCCCUAUAGAGCUCCAGUAAGGAUCAUCUCUUAUUGAUCCAGUGUUACUACAGGAGGAAACGUAAGCUAAACUAACUUUAUUUAUACUGGAUAGCUCUAUCAGGUCUAAACUGUUUUUCCUAUAGGUCCAGUAAGGAUCAUCUCUUAUUGAUCCAGUGUUACUACAGGAGGAAACCUAAACUAAACUGACUUUAUUUAUACUGCAUGGAUAGCUCCAUCAGUGCUGAACAGUUCUCCCUAUAGAGCUCCAGUAAGGAUCAUCUCUUAUUGAUGCAGUGUUAAUACAGGAGGAAACCUAAACUAAACUUACUUUAUUUAUAUUUGCUCAACUGUUCCCUCGAGAUUCCAGUAAGAACCAUCCCUUGUGGUUUUUAUGUAGAUUCUUAGGGAUGGUUUUCGUUUAGUCGCAACUGUUGUUACCAAAUCAUGUUUGAACUUCGCUUUUGAGCAACAACUGAAUGCAAGUCAGUUCUUUUUUUUGCAAUGUUGCCAUGUGGCGGCUUUGAGACAGUUCCGUAAUAAAAUAUUUGAAUGGCCAAUCUCAUUCGAUAAGGAGUUCUACUCAGUGCAAUUCUCGGAAUCAGUGAUGUUUCUUUUUGCUUUUCUAGAAAAUUCAAUUCCACGACCGUUGGGAAUGGAGAAUCGGUUUAUUCAGCAAUCGCAGAUUAGUUUUUCAACAGCGCCGUACGGAGGAAAGUACCAGUCACCUUGGUUAAAUGCAGACGGUGAUUAUUGCUGGGUUCCGCAUUAUGGGCGCGAUGGCCAGUGGUUACAGGUUGAUUUUCUCAGGCUGACUAAAGUAACUAAAGUAAAAACUCAAGGACGCGGGCCCCAUAACCAGUGGGUAGUUACCUAUAAUUUAGCGUUUGGAAAUGAUGGUGAAUUUUUUUUUCACUACCAACGUAAUGGAGAAACGGAGGUAAAUAAUUAUGGAAACAUUCUUCGAUGAUUUUUUAAAGUGACGUAAUAGCAACCAGGGCCUUAAUGUAUAUUCAUAUUUGUAUGUUUUCUACUCUAGAUAUUCAAUGCGAACUGGGACAGAGGAAGCAUCAAUUCCCAAACUGUUUCUCCAGCCAUUGUUUCUCGAUUUCUUCGUCUUUAUCCGAAAGAGUAUAAGAAUGCAGUUGCAAUGCGUUUAGAAUUUGAAGGAUAUUACGUAGGAUUCGAAGGUAGGACAGUUUGACUCGUCUGUGUAGUAACGAGGCGAACAGACGGGCUGUCUGUCAAGGGAAGCGUACAUGUAGCUCUUCUUUACGGAAUAACACGCCUGCAUAAACAGGGGUGGGAAAAAGAUUUUCCUUUCUGGUACCGAAAGAGAACAUUUUCUGCAAAUUUUCUAACAAGUUGUCAAACUGAAUGUCAUGCUAUAUUUUAACAGAAAAAAUUAUUUCAAUGCACUGAGAAUCUUAAAGGUGAUCUACAGUCCGAUCUGCGCAUGUGCACAAAUGAGCCCACUUUUUAUGAUACAAACAGUUUAACCAUGUUUUGAGUCCUUGAAAAGUCUGAUUGUUGUUUCUUGAUCAUUUAUUAUACUCUAGAAGCUUGAAAAUAUAAAUAGUUGUCGAAUAAAGCUCAAUAUUUUGGACACAAAAAUGUAAACAAGGGCUUUGUUUACAUACGGACUGUAGAUCACCUUUAAGAAUACUUUUAGGAGUAUACAGUACUAUAAAACUAAUUUAGGUAACCUGCAUCAAGGGUCUGAUCCUAAGGUGAAUACAGAUGCUAAAAAUGCAUUUUUCCAGCCCUGUGCCAUUUCUCGCCAAGCCAUGUUGUAAUUAGUGUUAACAAUACUUACCAUAGUAUCAUAAAUAUUCAUUAUUUGUAUACUGAAACACAAGUGUGUGUAUUUUUUUAGAAACUUGUCAAACUGCCAGGGCCCUUGGCAUGGAAGAUAGACGUAUUAGCGUCCAUCAGAUAUCAGCCUCCUCUUCCUUGGACGAAAAAUUUCUGCCAGACUAUGGACGAUUAAAUGUGGAUGCUAGUCACGGUGCUUGGAUCGCGUUGCACCUCGACACCGCUCAGUGGUAUCAAGUGGACUUUGAAAGGAUUGUGAAGCUUAUUGAAAUACAUACACAAGGACGAACUCCGGGUGCCAAUGAGAACCAGUGGGUUAAGGAAUAUACUGUCUCGUAUGCGUAUCAUCCUGACCGAAUUGAUUCUCAGUUUUAUCUGAAAAAUGGACAAACCAAGGUAAAAUAAUUGUGUUCCAUGGUGGUAUAAACUGCAAUUUUGCAAUAGGAAGUAUACGCCGAGGGGUGAUGUUUCCACAAACAAAAACACAUUACUCGUCAUGGAACCUACAAAGUCAAAGAACUUAGUAAACUCAUCGAACUAGUUUAUAUCUACAACUAAAAAACUCACUAAUAAUUCAUGAGGAAAAUUCAAAAGAAUUGAAUGUUUAAUCAAUGUUUGUAAAUCGGAUAAAGAUUUGUCCUGAUUUACGUAAACUUCAGCUUUGAUUUUCUCGGCUUAGACAAUGUUUAUUUUUAAAAUUACUUCGCCAAUGAACUCAUAAGAUGGGUCGUUUUUUAAGCACGUUAUUCGCUUCCGAUCUUUAUCCGAUACACAAACUCUCGCCUUCGGCUCGAGUUUGUAUAUCACAUAAAGAUCGGCUGCUCAUGUUUUAACUACUACUAACAUAUGUCUGUUUUUCUUAAGGUUUUCCAAGCAAAUUUUGAUACAGAUACCAUCGUACGCAAUACAUUGUUGCCAGCCAUUGUUGCUAGGAUUGUCCGUCUUCAUAUUCGAUCUUGGAACGAUAAGAUUGCGAUGAGAGUGGAAUUCUUUGGGACAUAUGAAGGUACGAAAUCUUCGCACGCACUAAUAUUGACCAUGUCAAACGUUUGUUGAUAAUGGUUAUAGUUUGAGCUUAGGUUGGGUAUCCCCUCUACUGAGUCACGCUUUAUUUCAAGUUGUCAUUCAGGUGUCAUGCGUAGGCUCUUUGUAACAUUCUUAAAAUCAACUGCAGAAUUGGUCUGUGAUAAAACCUGAUUCUCGUAUGUCUCGACCCUAUGCACAUUUAGAGCGCAUAUCACGCCAUUAAACCAGGUUUCAGUAUAGUCGUAACGGUCGUAAAGAUGCAGUCAGAUCUUUUUCAACGGCCAGAUUACAACAGUAUUUUUACUUGUAAACCACAUGUAAAUCAUAGGUAUUCUCUAUUUAUAAUCUCUCUGCCUAUGUUCAGUUCUAAACUGUAGUAUUUCGGCUGUCGAGGAAGAUCGUGAUAUGCAAAGUAUACUUGACCGCAUUUAAUGUUAUAUGUCUCAACUGAUAGAUAAGGAAGUAUGAUAUAAUGAAUCCUUAAGAUUUUCCUAUAACGUGUGGUUUCCCAUAGCACUGGGAAAGUAUGGCCAACCAUCAGUGACAUAUGAGAACCAUGUAAUAUUGAAAUGUAAUAUUGAAAAUUAAAAUCAUUGUUACUAUUUUUUAGCUCCUCAUGGGCCUGCUCUCAUUGAUGCAGAUUACGUAGCACUGGAGAACAGAUUGACAGCAUCGUCAUUUAUAGAUCAGUAAGUAGACUUCAUUACGUUAUAGUACAGAAACACAUUAUGGCUGGGUUUUACCAAGCACUGUUGCGUAGCAAAUAAAUGGAUGGAUGAAACUUUAUUUAUAGUACAGAUUUUAAAAAGCUAGCAAUUAUUUCUUGAUUAAUUUUUAAAAAUUAAAAUUUUUUUAUUUAAAUUAUUUUUGUAAUUUUGGUGACUACUCAACCCAGCCUGUCACAUGAUUUCUGUUUAGUCGUCACCGGGCAAUUCAUGGAAUCAAAUCGGAUAGGGUGAAUGUGACAUCGUGGAUACCAGAGGUGGAUAAGAAAGGAGAGUAUAUCCAGGUUAGAACAAGUACCUGUGCUUAUUUAUUACCGUCAGUCAAGACAUUGAAAGCUGUCUGUAUUAGAGAGGUGUCCGUAUUAGAGAAGUGUUCAUAUUAGAGAGGUAUCCGUGUUAGAGAGGCGUUCAUAUUAGAGAGAUAUACAUAUCAGAGAAGUGUUCAUAUUAGAGAGGUAUCCGUUUUAGAGAGGCGUUCAUAUUAGAGAAAUAUCCGUGUUAGAGAAGUGUUCAUAUUAGAGAGGUAUCCGUGUUAGAGAGGCGUUCAUAUUAGAGAAAUAUCCGUGUUAGAGAUGUGUUCAUAUUAGAGAGGUAUCCUUGUUAGAGAGGCGUUCAUAUUAGAGAGAUAUACAUAUCAGAGAAGUGUUCAUAUUAGAGAGGUGUCCGUGUUAGAGAGGCGUUCAUAUUAGAGAGAUAUACAUAUCAGAGAAGUGUUCAUAUUAGAGAGGUAUCCGUGUUAGAUAGGCGUUCAUAUUAAAGAGAUAUACAUAUCAGAGAAGUGUUCAUAUUAGAGAGGUAUCCGUGUUAGAGAGGCGUUCGUAUUAGAGAGAUAUCCGUAUUAGAGAAGUGUUCAUGUUAGAGAGGUAUCCGUGUUAGAGAGACGUUCAUAUUAGAUAGAUGUCCGUGUUAGAGAAGUGUUCAUAUUAGAGACGUGUCUGUAUUAGAGAGAGAUAUACGUAUUGGAGAGGUGUUCAUAUUAGAUAGGUAUCCAUAUUAGAGAAAGUACAAAAAGAACAGUAACUUGGAAUAACAUUUUGAUAGCGGUGUACGUAUUUGGAGAGAUAUCCGUUUCAGUGAAGUGUUCAUAUUAGAGUCGUGUUUGUAUUAGAGAGAGAUAUAUGUAUUAGAGAGGUGUUCAUAUUAGAUAGGUAUUCGUAUUAAAGAAGUGUCUGUACCGGAGAACUGCCUGUAUUGUAUCAGAGAGCUGCCUUAAAGAGGUAUUCGUGUAAGGGAAGUGUCCGUAUUAGAGAAGUGUCGAAUUGGGUAUUCGAGAUGUUCUCAUUUCCAUAUUUAAGGUGGACCUGCUUCAAUUAACACCAAUAUCUGGUGUGGGAUUACGGAGUGGAGGAGAUCAACCAUUAAACGACUCGUAUAUUGAGGUUAUGAUGCAGUACAGCGAUACAGAAGGAUCCUGGAUGAGCAAGAAAGAUUAUCGUGGAGAGAUCAUGGUAUGUACUCUUAUUUUUCACCCUGCUCGGUUUCCUUUGUUCUUAUCGGGGAAUAUAUUCAAUAUUCCCCUCUAAUCAAUUUCCGUUUAAUAAUCCCCUCUAAUAUUCACCUGCAAUUAAUAAUCCCCUCUAAUAUUCACCUGCAAUGUCUUUGCAGCACAAAAAAUGAGAAAAAAACAACAUAACGAAGGCAAUAUGGCAUUAAGAAUUAUUUCUAUUCUUACUCAUUAAUGCGACCUCGCAGUGUGAAAAAUAAGUACGUUAUUUUGAGGCACCUCGGGGAUAUGUGUUUAUUCACCUCGGCGCUACGCGCCUCGGUAAAUAAAUCACAUAUCCCCUCGUUGCCUCAAAAUAACCUAUACAUAUUUUCAAUCCACAAUUUAAUUAAGACUUGGACUUCUCACUGUAAGUGAGGGGAAAUUUUGGGAUCACAGUAAUUGGCCAAAAGCUUUUGUGAUUCCCAGUCACAAUUUGUCAUGUUAUUAAUUGCAUUAGUAUUUUUUGCACAAGUGAACAUAACAAAUCCUACAAGUUGAUUGGUCAAAUUUGACGUGUUAAGCUGUUAUAUUCACCUACAGGUGAAUAUAACAAAACCAAAAUUUUCAAAAUGGCGGCUGGCCGUUCUGUGGAAGUUAUUGAUAAAGAAAUGAGCGAAAUUAAUUAAAAUAAAUUCAGUCCGAAAAAACACAAAAGACUUGUGUAAAAAUACUAAAACAAUUAUUCGCCUCAGGCUCGGUGAUUAUCGGGGAAUAUUCACCUCGACUUCGUCUCAGCGAAUAUUCCCCAAUAAUCACCUCGCGUGAUUGGCUUUGGCGAAUAAUUGUUAAUUAUUGUUAUUUGUUAUGGAAUCUUAACGCUGUGACAAAGCUUGUAAAAUUUAAAAAAAUUGAAACUGUGUUCAGAUGGCUGUAUAUUUCGGGAAUGCGACCCCGGUCCCAGAGAUGAGUGACACGUACACUAAGCAUUGUGACACCAACACACCUACCCUGCCAACUAAUGCCACAAUUUUACGCGUUUGCCUGCCAGACGUUGUCAACAGCAGACUGCGACGUUAACUUUGAGAAGCUAGUGGUCGCUCGAUACGUUCGUCUUGUUAUCACUGGCUGGGGGCGAAGAACAGGAUUUGUGUUUCAACUUUAUGGAACUACAGGUAAUGAAAAUGUUUCUUUGUAUUUAUGUAUUUAUUUAUUUAUUUAUUUAUUUAUUUGUUUAUUUACUCGUUAGUGACUUUAUUCUGUUGCUUUACAAUGAUAUAACUUAGGUUUCUAUCAACAAUAGGUUAGUUCAAAUCAUAGCUUGAAUUCGUGGUUAUAAUUGUCAGUUGUUGUAAUUUCAAAUCUUUAUUCUUAGAAUAUCAUAAAGCAAGCGCUGGGAUUGAAGAUGGAACAAUUAAGGAUAACCAGAUGAAGUCCUCUAAUCACCCCAACGAUCCUCAUCCAGCCCACGAAGCGCGUUUAAAUCACAGAGGAGCCUGGUGCGGAAAUACUUUGCGACGACAUCUGUAUUUACAAAUUGACUUUCUGUCAAACUUUGAAGGUGGGUGUCUUAGAAAUGAUCUGACAUCGGGAUAUGAUGUCAUUACAUUUCAUUCGUCUAAUGACGUCAUACCCGAUGUGACAUGCGUAUAAACCUUGUUCAACGCUUGUUCCUAAAAUCUUCAAUCUUUUUUAGUGCACGCAGUUGCAACGCAAGCAAAAUUAGUUGGAACAAUGGCGACUGUUACACAUUACAAGUUAUCUAGUACUUUUGAUAACAUCCAUUGGAAUUUUUAUCAGGAGGAGGGAAUUUUUAAGGUAGGCGUUUGACAUGAGUUGGUCAUGGAGCCAGGGAUGGAUUUACUGUUGGGGGUGGGGGUGGGGUGGGGUGUGCACCCCCUAGCCCUGGCCAGAAGGUGUGCAGAGGGGGGGGGGUGCUAUUUUUCAUGCAAAGCAAAAAAAUAUUAGAGACAAAAUGAGAUACAAUAAUUUGAGUAAUAACAUGAUGAUAAGCGAACAGUGACCAACAAUUACAAUUCAAAUACUGUAGUCAAGUUAAAGUAAGACUUUGCAGUAAUGAAGCAAGUUGAUGGGCUGGCGGCACACAUGACCGACACAACUCGGCACCAGAGCUGGCAGAGCACCCCCCCCUCCCCCCUACCAGAUUAUGCUGGAUCCAUCCCUGCAUGGAGCUGUAUGUAUGGUCUGGAGCGAGAUGUUGGUAUCCAAAGAUACAGAUAUUGGACGUCAGUUUCAGGCCUUUUCUAUUGUUUUUGUCUGCGCGGUCUGCAAGGAGUGUGCAGAAAUUUCGUAUUUUGACUUCGAUUUAAACAAUAAUACCAUGGGUUUAUGAGCUGAUAACUUGUUUAGCGAUACGGUCCUUUAGAAAAAGACUGCAAUAGGCAAUUCCAGCUUUUAAUUUAUGCGUGCAGGGGGUGACGGGAAGUAAGGUAUCAUAUUGCUGAUUAUGCUGGAAAAUUUUAAUAAAAACUGCCGAAACAACCGAAAUAUUUCAAUAUUUACAAGUAUAAGCUAUCAUUCCGUGUUUACACGGCCACCAUUUUUAUUUUUUCACCAUUAUCAGCAAUAUGAUACCUUACUUCCCAUCGUCCCCUGCACGCAUAAACUAAAAGCUGGAAUUGCCCAUUAGCCGGGGGAAAAUGGUAUUAAAACUGUUUCGACCUUCAUAGCUAUUGGACGUCAAUGGCCGCCAUCUUGGCCUCAUAGGCCGAACGACUGACGUUCAUGUUCCAGAUAUAUAGAGAGAGCAUACGGGGGUUGGUAUGCUUUGUGGCAUCUAUUCUUUUUGUUUUUAAUCAUUUCAAACAAUUUUUUUCAGAUAUUUCAAGGAAACACAAGUUGUCGAUGUUCUCGCAAACAUUUAGUUCGACCGUUCCUUGUCCGUUCACUGCGUUUUCUACCAAUGUCGUGGAAAAACAGACCAUGCAUGAGAGUUGAUGUUUAUGGCGUUUAUAAAGGUAAUUCGAUGUUGUAUGGACAAUGCUGAUAGUUUGUUGUGGGUAGAUUGGGAUGUUGGUGGAUAUCAGUGAGUAUUACAAGGUAGCAGUUGGUGGGUCACCUUUAGACAUUAUGGUAAUUACUGUAUAGGAGGGAGAAAAGUUAACUAAAUUUCUCAAUACCAUUUAUAGUUGCCACUACUAAUACACGACUGCUAUGUUUUCGCGUAUGGAUUCCUAUUUCAUGAUAUUGCUUGGUGAAACACACUUUCAUGACUCGUGAGCAUUGAUUUAAAUUAACAUCUUGUAAACUACGAGCUAAUAAAAUGAAAAAGGCGAUAUUUGAACUCUAUUUCAAAGUCAUUGUCAAACCCAAGUACAUUUUUUGUGUUGUUUUUUUUAAAAGCUCAUAACUUUACAAGAUGUAAUUUUUAGGAGAAUGUUUCUUUUAUAUUUCGUGAAAUUGUUUGCUGGAAAAGGAUUUUGAGCAUUAAUCCUUUUUAUCUUUAUGGGUUAAGAUUUCCUCGUGCUCGCUCAAACCUGAGGGUUUUAAAUUAACUCGUUUAGGUAUUCUUCAAGUUCACGUGCGGUUUGGACCGCUUUUGAAUGCAUAUGGCACUGAACUCACACGAGAUUGCUCGAUUAAGGUAUUUGACAGUAUUCUAGCAUGCAUGUAAUGUAAUUGUCUCUUAGUGUGUUGGAUAAUCCACCUUCAUUAUAAAUUGUGCCAUUUAUUGUCUAGUAAUUUUGUUUGUUUUCAUUUGCAGCUAAAUGGUGAAGAAAUGUGCAAAUCAAAUGAUGGAAUCAACGUUGUUGUAGCGAGCUACACAACUGGUCAUCUGAUUUCGUCUAACUUCACAGCUGAAUAUUCAUUGUUGAACAACUUACUGACGAAUGUAGAAAAUGAGUCGAUCAUUGUAUUGGCCACACAAAACGUGCAUGAACGGUAGGACUAGUUAAUGUACAUAUUAUGAAUUCUACUUUUUUUUAAAUUUAGAGCGUUCUAGUUAAUGCGUUGGUAAAAGUUUCCUUCAUUUAUCUGACGUGUAUAGCUAGCCAAGUUUUUACAGGACAAUUUACACGUCAGGUUUGCACAAGUUUAAAAAAAUUAGAGUCAGGCAACAUGUAACAAGAACGAAGAGAAAACGACGAUAAAGAAGAACACAUUAAAUCAACGACAACAACAACAGCAACAGAAACAACAGCAGCAGCAGAACAGCAACAACAACAACAACAACAACAACAACAACAGCAACAACAACAACAACAACAACAACAACAACAACAACAACAACAACAACAACAACAACAACAACAACAACAACAACAACAACAACAACAACAACAACAACAACAGCAACAGCAACAGCAACAGCAACAACAACAGCGACAACGACAACGACAACGACAACGACAACGACAACGACAACAACAACAACAACAACAACAACAACAACAAUUUUCAUACGAUUUCAUCAUAUCACAGGCCUCCAGAAGAGACGUUACAACUUCUUCAAUCAGUUGGCGGAAUCAGUCUUCGUUAUUCACUGACGUCUGCGGACAAUAACUGGAUCUUGGUCGGGUAUAAAGGAAAACAGAAAGUUGACUGGAUUGCUGAGAAAAUUGGAAAGAAGGGCGAAGCAGCCAUUCGCGUUGCAACUACUGUUCAUUUAAACCAAAGUAAGUUUUUUUUGUUGUUGUGAAACUUUACACAGUCUUGGACUGAAUCAAACUUCAUCUAGUCCUUGGACGUGGCCAAACUAUAUCCUGACACCGUUGUACUUGACUAAAUUCCAUCCAGUGCAAAGACUUAAUCAAACUUCGCCCAGUCCUAAAACUUUAUCGAAACUUUAUCCAGUUCUAGGACUUGACCAAAUUCAUCCAGUUUCAGGAUUUGGUCAAAUUUCAUCUUAAGUGUUGCUCAGACUUUCUGAAUUCCUGGGAUGUAUUUUGAUAAAGCCUUAGACACCAUCGUGUGAGCAUAAAAUGUCAGUAUGGUCGUAUAGCAUUUGUCUUUGCUUUUCUUUCCAAGUAUCAACUACGCCUGAAUUUCACAAGUACUACAUGCCUGCAGAGAGCGCAAGCAACACGACUGAGCUGUCAAUCGCUGGUCGUCAUUCACUCCUGGUUCACAAUGUUACUGCAAGAUGUGUGCUUAACAACACGGACUGUCAACCUGGACUUUCUUUAGCAAUGUGGAUGAAACCUGACAUACCUAGAGCUAAUAGAGCCUCUUCAAGAUUUACAUCAGCUGAAGGUAUGCUGGGAAAUUUUGAUAAAAGUAUCGCAAAUUUUAAAAUACGAAAUUAAUUAGGUGUGAGCGACUGAUUUCGUACACGGUAUUAUUAUCGAAUUAAAGGAGACUUGCAGUUGAAGCCAAACAGAUUUUUUAAGAACUGAAAUUUGCAGCAACAAAGGCUGGCAAUAUUUAGUAAUCUUACUGUUCGCACAUUCCAAUAAGUGUCCGCCACCGAACACAACCGAAAUAAUGUUAGUUAUAGUUGUAAAACUGAUAUAUGAUAAAAUUUACAAAACGAAUAACUUUUUUGUUAAAAAUACUAUAUGUUAAUUUUGGCUUGGCGGUCACACUUUAACAUGUUUAUAUAGACCAUAAACCUAGUCGCUGAGAUUUCUCUUGGCAUCGUUCUUCAAUGGCGCAUGCAUAUAUAUAUACUUUGUGUAGUCUUAGUAUAUGUGACUACACCGAGGCAUGUUUUCUCACUGCCCGUUGACAUUAGUUGUUUUUAUCUGCUCAAUAAAGUUGGCAAAAUUAAAAAUGAUCUCAUCAUUUUUAGAGCGUUUCGUAUUCAAGUACUACUCCAGCGGCUACAAUUAUAUUAUUCCAGCACACGAGUUAAACUGGGUCGAUUCUCGUAGAUAUUGCUUGACGUUGGGAACUGAUUUGCCCGUGCUCUGGGACCUACACACCGAGAAAGCAAUUGAUGGAAUGCUAGCAAGGGCAGGAGUUUCAAAACGAAUUAACAUAGGAUUGCGACGGCAUCCAGUUACCUCGGAGUUUGAAUGGGUGGAUGGUUCGCCCUUUGUUUACAUGCAUUGGAGCGGUGGGAAACCAGACAGCGGAGAAUGUGUCAGUCGUUUUUCUAACACCAAGUGGGAUUCUUUGAAUUGUGAUAAUUGGCUCAGGCAAGUCAUGUGCCAACAGUCGAUUGAAGGUAUGAAAAAUAUUGUUUGCUUUUGUUCGAACUAUUACGUUAUGAUUUCACGCCCGUUUAGUACGGCUCAACUUUUAUGACGUCGUCUCAACCUCGUACCCAGGCUCCUCUCUCUUGGAGAGAAGUGACCGACUUGGUAGCAGCUGGUCACAUGAUCUACUAAAAUGUAGCAGAUUUUUAAUUAGCGUUGUUACGUCAAUUUGAUAGUUAAUUGAAAAGCAUGACUCAAAAACACGUGUUAACCAAAAAAUCUGCCAGAGCAUGGCAGAUUAUACGACCAGCCCCUACCAGGAUAUUUCCUCCCUUAUGGGGAAGUCCCUGGUUAUUGUAAUGGGGGAAAAUUCAAUCAAGUGAUCGAUCAAUGGAUGCAUGGAGUAAAGAAUCCUGGGGGAGCUUGAAAAUUAUAUUUUCUAUUACGUUUUCUGGAGCUUCGUGACGUUCGGCAACUAAUUGUUUAUGUACUAUUUAAAGCACGCGUAGGAGUGUUUUAUCACAUAUGAAACACGACGCGUAGCGGAGUGUUUUAUAUGUGAUAAAACACGACUACAAGUGCUUUAAAUAGCUUAAAAAACGACUCAUCUUAUACGAGUUCAUUGGCGAAGUAAUUUUUAAAUUAAACUUUGUCUAAACCGAGAAAAUCAAAGCUAAAGUUUAUGUAAAUUAACAUGAUUUUUUAUCACAUAUAAAACCACGACACGUUUAUGAUUUUUCUUUAUGUUUUGCUCCUGAAUUAUUAAUGAGUUUUUUAAAACUUUUUAUACAUUAUAAAAAUCUAUAUUUCUAUUUAUAAUGGUACAUGUUCUUACUUAUUGUAUCCAUCAUUUAGAGAAGCUAUAACCAAAUUAUUGUUACAUCUUAAGCACGCGAGGCGGUUAGCUCGGCAAGUUUCUUUCGUGUGCGGCAGGAUUAAUGGAUAUUAAUUAAAUAGCUCAUUCAUUCAACCAAACAAACUUGAAAUUUCAGAUCUUAUCGGUCUUGUCCCCAUGGGUGUGGAACACCUUGUAAUACCUGAUGAUCGAAUGACAUCAUCAACAAUAUUUAAUGCUGAUUACCAAGCAUAUUAUGGACGCAUUAAUACUGAUCGAGGUAUUUAUCAAUCAUGGCGUGCACUCGGUAACGAUAGUGAUCCGUAUUUACAAGUUGACCUUGGACAUAUUAAAACAAUAUGUGGCGUGGGAACCCAAGGACGCGGCCAAGACGAUGUGCAUGAUCUUUGGGCUAAGUCGUAUCGUGUUAGUCUCAGCAACGAUUCUACAAACUGGAUUUAUCUCGAACAAGAUGGCUCAACAAAGGUAUGCACUCUUUACUAAAACAGCCUAUAGAUACAGAUAAUUCAUAGUGUCUGCAGGUAUGACGUAAUACAGGUCCGUAGCUAGCAUGUAUAGUUGGGGGGAGGGGGGAGGAAAAAAAUUUCCGAAUGACAAAAAAAUUCCGAAUAUCCGUUUCAUGGCAUACGAAGCCACGAAGGUAUUUGCUGUAUCAAUGUAUCAUAAUUACAUUAUAAUAAUGAAGUAAUGUAAUAAGUUUCACAACAAUGCCACAAUGGCUAUAUUAUGCAGCAGCAAUUGUUUAUUUUUUAGUCAAUUAUUGACCAAAUACAAACAAAAAUACACAUAUUUUACGCAUAGACAUAUUACAAAAGUAACAUACCGAAAAACAUUUACCGAUUUGGUCAAAAGUUGCGGUUGCCAUAGAGUGUUUUAAUAACUGUACACAAAAUAUUAACGAAAGUUGUUUUACAAUUUUUGUAGUGUCUAUUGUUUUGUGUUUUACCGAUUUACGACUUGCAAAUUGUUAUCCAUGUAAAUACCAUGAUUUCGUAAAUCACCGUAGAAAAUAGUAGAAAAUUACUUUAUGUGUACUAUAAGAACGACAUAUCGAUAACUAUGUGUGACGUUUAUAAGGGGGGUGGGUGGGGGGGGGGUCUCCAGAGAAACGAACAUAUGACGUAAUCGAUAUGUGAGGCUUCCCUAAACAAACGCUUUGUUUGCAUUUUGAACUCAGUGCUACAGUUGUAAAAUAUGAUUAGAUAUAUAUUAUACUGCAUUUUUAACACUCUUUUGAUUCGCUAUGCUUGUAAAUUAAUACAGACUAGAGAUUCAAUUCAAGAAAGUUCGGAAGGUGGGGAAAAGGUGGGGAAUGUUAACAACAUUCCAAUGGUCGGGUCCCGAACAUUGGAAUGUAGGCCUGCGCAGAACGGACUUUACAUCACCUUUCAAAAAUUAGUUCUAUCGAGUGAUGUGCCAAGCACCCUUAUAUAUUAAUCCCCCACUCCCCCCCCCUCACAUCUCUGCCCCCGAUUUAGAACGUCUCAUCUGCAUCCCCAAUCACAUCUAACCUCUUUACUGUUACUUAUUUUACUGUGUUUUUUCACCAGGAGUUCCAGGCCAACGAUGACCUCAAUAGCAUGGUUAUUAAUCGCUUUCAUCAACCAGUGAUCGCUCAAAUUAUUCGCUUGGAAUUUGUGUUUUGGAAUAAGGAGGGUGUUGCUCUCUGUUGUGCGAGGAUGGAAGUGUUUGCUUGUAGUGACACAGGUUGGUUUGUUUGGUCUUGAAACUUGGCAAACUCAGAGCGUUACACAGAAUGAAUUACAGACGUCCGAUUUCUUGUCGCUGCCACGCCGUGAUUCGCAAUCGCAGAGCACCUCCCCCGAGAACACAUUAAAGGCUUGUCUAAGGCGUUCUGGGGGGAGACAUUGCUUGUCGUAUGCGCACUGGCUAUAGGAACAUGGCGAGUGCUUUGCGAUUGCGAAUCACGGCGUGACGAUAGUUUCGGGUCGCUCAUUAAAUGUUAUACAUACAUACUGCAGUAAAAAUUAUUAAAAUAAAGUCAGAACAUCUCAAAUUAGCGAACUGUAACUUAUUAAUUUAAAGACAGUAUUAAAGAUAAAUCACUUUGUGCGACUCAUUGCACGGAUAGUGAUAUAUUAUUUAUGUACGUCAUAUCACUUUCCGUGCAAUGAGUCGUACGAAGUGUUAUCUUUAAUACUGUCUUUAAAUUAAUAAGUUACAGUUCGCUAAUUUGAGAUGUUCUGACUUUCUUUAACAAUUUUUACUGCAGUAUGUAUAUAGUAAAAUUAACCGAACAUUUAAUGGGCCACCUAUGGUCAGACCUCUGUAUCGUGUAUACUCUGUGAUAAUGAUUUCAUGUAGGGAAUGUUUGGGAAAUUUGUAUCGAACGGGUGCAUGCUCGUUCUGAAUUGAGCUUUUUAAUUUUUUAUUAUAAACUUUCGAAAACCAAUGGUAAAAUGGACAUGUGUGAUGUGAUCAUUGAUCGCGAUUCGCGCUUAAAAAACGUUAUUUUACUAUAUUUUAUAAAACUGUGAACACUGUAUAUUUAUACAACCAUUCAUGGCCCGGAUUUAUUUUAGGAAUCUUGAAAAAACCACUGUGCGGUGGAUAGCAUUAUCCAUGCAGGCUUCGUACAACCAGCCCCAGAUGAUUAGCACUCCUACACAGGGCCGCCGAGAGGGGGGGGGCAGGGGGGCAAAUUGCUCCGGGUCCCCACCUUAAUAGGGCCCCAACUUGAGUGCGAGAGCCUAAAAUUGAGUAGGUUCUAUAAAUUGGUCAGAGAAUUUUUCAAAUUGAGGGCCCCUUACAGCACCUCCACAUGCAGUCUAGCUAAGGUCUAGUUGAGUCUAGCUUAAAAAUAAUGAUGUCAUAGGGCCCCCAGGGAAGAUUUGCCCCGGCCCCCGCGAAUUCUCUCGGCGGCCCUACCCCUACAUAUCCUUUCCUAGACAUUCAAUCACUUUUGAACCUUACUAAAUAUAGAUAAAGAAGACAAAGAAACAACUCAGGCACAACAUCUGCCAAGAAGUAUCACAGGUAUUAUAGUUUAGCAAUAUUUGACAAUAUCGUUUUGGUACAUUUUUUAUACGAAACAAGGACAUAGUGAUUAUAAAAAUAUUGAUGUUAAAAUUUUGCAGAGAUCGAACCUGAGAAUUGCUUGGAUGUGCUUAUGUCAGGCAAAACAACAGACGGUGUUUAUAUUAUUAACCCCGGUAGCGGGGCUUUUCCCGUAUACUGUGAUCAAACUACAGAUGGUGGAGGUUGGACUGUGUUACAGAGACGCUUUGACGGAACGGUUGAUUUUUACCGAAGUUUUGAAGAAUACGAGUAUGUGAUUAUUGUUUUUGACAUGAAGGUUGGGGGAGGGGGUAUCAUCAUUAUCAAUACCACCAUCAUUAUCAUGAUCAUCACCAUUGAUUGUCAUCAACUAUAACCAUCAUCAUCAAAAUCAUCACGAUCAUCGCCAUCCCCGCUGUUCUCACUGUCAAUACCAUCAUGAUCACCAUCAUCACCAUCACCAAUAUCAUCACCAUUACCAAAAUCACCAUCAUCAUUGUUGUUUUGUUGAGCCACCACCAUCUUCACCAUAAUCAUCACCUUUAACUUAAGACAUCUUCAGACUAGAUAAAAUUACACGAGAUUUGAAUAUAUAUAUAAGCUAAUUAUAAUCUAUUUACAAGGUGUUAUGUUACUAAGGAUAAUAAACGAUAAGAGGGUGUAUGUAUGACAGGACGAUACAAAUGAGGAAACAAAACAGACACAAGAAAACGGCAAAUUACAGAAGGUUAAGCGGAAUAGAGCUGCCCUGGACGUUAAGAGAGGGUUUGAGCUUAUAUUUAAGAAGGCUUUCGUGAAUCAAUAAUUCACAAGUGUCUGAGCAAGAGGAAAGCAUUUUGAAGUCGUCAAAGUUGGCUGAAGAUGUCUUAAGUUAAAGACGAAACGUUACAAUAAAAAUUCUUUAAAAUCUUAACUGUUUUAAUGGCUUUGUUAAAAUUUAUAUGUUGGGCUCUCAUAUUUAUCAUAAGAAUUCGUUUUCCGCCUGGCAAAUCUCUGGCAACGAUAAUCAUCACCACUAUCAUCAUCACCACAACCUCCAAUAGUCAUGGGCUUAGCCAGAGGCCCGCCCACCCGUCAUUUGGACGUGUAUUUUUAAAUGUGGACCGACAAAAAAAUUAGUUAAUACAAUAGUCCAGUCAAAUCACUAUAAGUACAUGGUCCUGAUCAAAGUAAUCGCAAUAGAUUUUUUUCAGUGGUAAAGUGUGUGAAAAGUUGUUCUGAUUAACAUAUUAAAAAUCCCAAAAAAUCCCUUCGGUGGAAUAUGGUGAAAAUCUAGUUUCUCUUACUUUUACCUAUAGAAAACCACUGUGGACAGAAUGUUCAAAUUUUGAAAUUAUUUUUUUGCAAAUAUAACCUGCAUCAUUGGAAAGCUUAGAAAAAACUAAAAUAUAGAUCAAUUAAACGGCUACCUUGCUUUUGCCUAUCCAGCCGAAGUUACACAAGAUUUAAAAUGCCAUAAAUUUGUAUUUUGUGCAAAUUUUGCGCUAUUUUUCCAAUUUGAGCUAGAAUAACGACAAACUGGCUAGUAAAUUGAAUAUAACGGUUUAAUUGACAUUUAUAUAGUUUUUUCUAAGCUUUCCAAUAAUGUAUGUUACAUUUGCCUAAAAAUGAUUUCAAAAUUUGAACAUUCUGUCCACAAUGGUUUUCCAUAGGUAGAAGUAAGAGAAACUCGAUUUUCACCAUGUUCCACCGAAGGGAUUUUUUUUUAUUUUUAGUAUGUUAAUCAGGACACCUUCCCUCACAUUUUACCACUGAGGAAAAUUCUAUUGCAAUUUCUUUGACCUCUGGUCACAGAUUGACUGGACUACAACCCUUUAGUAAUGAAUACAACCGUAGAAGCUUAAAUUUUGCUAUAACAUGACUUUCAACAGUCACGUACUGCCCGACUCUGCAUUUACAUCCACAAGCAAACAAGUUACAAAUCCCUUUUUGUAUUUUGGGGGGCAUGCCUGGUCGAACAUUUUUGGACGGGUAAAUUGCUAAUCUUGGCUAGGCCCCGUCCACCAUCAUCAUUAUAUUACCAUAAGCCAGCAUCUCAUCAGUGCCAAUUUUUAGAGCUGGUUUUGGUGAUACAUCUGGCGAACACUGGCUCGGACUUUCCAAGAUGGCGACGCUUACUCAUAGUUAUUCGAGCGAUCUGAGGGUAGAUCUUAAAGACUGGUUUGGCGCAACGUUUCAGGUUGUCAAUUCUGACUUCAUGAUCGAUGGAGCUAGGUGGGCGUAUAAACUACGCUAUUCAGGGUCAUUAGGUCCUGGGUAUGACAGUCUAAAAGACGGCCAUAAGAAUGCGGUGUUUCAUGCAAAGGACCAAGGGAAAUUCAAAUACACAGCAGUUAAAUACCAUGGAGGCUGGUGGUACAGUAGUGAUGGCAGGAGGGUUAAUUUAAACGGCUUUUAUCACAAAAGUGGAGUAGAUAAUGGUAAUGGUAUAAAAUGGGCUGAUUUUAGGGACCAAGUAUUAAAGGAAAGUAAAAUGAUGAUCAGAUGGAAUGGCAAAGGUAUGUAUGGCGCAUUAAGGCCGAAUGUGAACGAGUUCAAAUGAGGGUACAUAUACUCAGAACAUUAAUUAUAACUUAUUUACUCGUUCACGAACAUCAGAAGAAAAGAGCCACACUAGAAAUCCCAUCAAAAGUUGCAAAUAUAAACCGUCCUUUAUAUAGACAUCACAGGUCCUUUAUAUAGCCCAUUGCUGGCUUUUCACGUCUCGAACUGACGUUUGCAGUAUAAUGUUAUCAGAUCAGAACUACGACGUCGACGUUAGCUAGGACAUCAGGGUUGAGCGGAGGACUGGGAGAUCUUGAGCUAUCUUAUAUCUAUCUGGUUAUAAUUGUGAGAUCAGGGGAUAGAGUUUAAUUUACUGUUCCUCGUGUUGUAGGACUGGAUCAGUGAGGGACAACCCUUAAAGAUGAUGUCCACUCCUGUACACAUCAUGCGCGAACUUUGUUUACGUUUUGAACUUCUACAUUUGUAUAAUAUGAUAUACUGACUGAAUAUCUAACACUUUUCUGGUUCGCUAUACUUGUAAAUGAAUCAAUAUAAACUAUACGUUUCAAUUCAAAAAAGUUCGAAAGAUGCAAAAUUGGGCAUUGUUUAUAUCCGGGAGUCCCGCUUUGUUAUGAGCAGAACUGAUGCGCAGAACGGAGUGGACAUCAUCUUUAAAUUCUAUUCUAAUCAAUAUAGCAGUGUUUACACUGAUAAGUUUACUGGAGAUUCAAAGCCAAGACGUACAGAAAAGGACGUGUGAAUAGACCUUUCCCCUUAAGUGAAAUUUUGAUCUAGACAAGUCUGAACAAAAAUUUCGUCACAGCUUGAAAGAGCAUCACAAAAUUAGUAAUAUUCCGAAGUUUUGUUGCGAAAUGUUGUAAAAUGCGGAUAAUGUAGCCUUGCAAAGUUUGCCUUUUUUCAGUCAUUUUGUAUUACAAAUGGAAAUUGAUAAUCAGAUGAUCAAACUGAUUAUCAAUUUCCCAUUUGUAAUACCAAAUGACUGAAAAACGGCAAACUUCGCAUGGCUAUAUUAUCCGCAUUUUACAACAUUUCGCAACGAAACUUCGGAAUAUUACUAAUUUUGUGAUGCUUUUUCAAGCUGUGAUGAAAUUUCUAUGCAGGCUUGUCUAGAUCAAAAUUUCACUCAUAAGGGGAAAGGUCUAUUGAAAUAGUGUCUGGUUAUGUCCCCAUGUUUCGGGUUGCAGUGCUUUGGGUAUCAAAGAGGAUCAAAGAGGAACAUAUUUCGUGUGCGAAACACUAAAGGCCUGUUUAAACGGAUCCAACAUUGUUGGACCAACAUCAUCCAACAAUGUUACUAUACUAGAUAUGACUGCUUCUCUUUCAAAUCUUUUUGGUUAGAUAAGCUUUACUCAAACCCUAAACCUAGUCUUGACAAAAUAUUUGAAAAAGAAGCCGUUUGAGCCAUUAUUUCAACAAUGUUGGAUGAUGUUGGCCCAACAAUGUUGGAUCCGUUUAAACAGGGCUUAAGGACCGUUUACACCUGCAAUUUUUGCUGCGACUUCUAGUGCAAUUUUCUCCUUCUGAUGGAUGUGAACGAGUAGAUGAGUUAUUAAUGUUCUGAGUUUAUGUACCUUCAUCAGAACAUUCAUAACUCAUCCACUCGUUCACAUACAUCAAAAGAAGAAAAUCGCACUAAUGAAAAUCCAGGCUUACAAAUCGAGCACUUUGUAAUCAUAAAUAAACUUGAUGUUUUAAUGUUUUAAUAAGAUUCGGCAACUACCUAAAAAUACAACAAUGUAGUGCCAGGGAGUUCGCCACAGGUUCCCCCAAUGACGAAACAGUCUAAGUAGAACAACACAAUUACAAAACGGCUAUAUACCCACGACUAUAUAUAACGGCUAUAUAUCGAUGUUAUAUCCACGUUAACAAGUUAAAUUACGUUGUUUUAGGUGGCAAACAAGGCGCGUUGGACCUCACGGAUUGGCAUGCAUAUAAAUCUAUAUCUGGUGCAUAUGAAAUUACAGCUGUGGAUGCGAAGCUAGAUGGAGUCGUAUUUUUGAACAUGGACAUUGAUGGAAUUGCUUAUUUCCAGGUCAGUGUUAACAAAGUCCAGGAACAGGUUGUUCAAAGCAAGAUUAGCCCUAAUCCUGGGUAAAAAUUUAACUUGCUGUUUUGUUUUCUUCUAUAUGUCCGUUUGUUUCAAAACUGUAUAGAAAAUAUAAAACCUCUAAUAAUAUCCAGACGUGAUUCCUAGAAAAAAUCUUUCCAAGUUUUUAAAUAUUGCAUGGUAACUUUGGUUUGAAGUCCUACAUUAACGUAGGAUUAGCAGUCUUUUGAACAACCAGCCCCUGUUGUUUAAUUUGUGUAUGGCACGAAACUGUAAUAUAUAUUUUGAGACUAAGAACUAAGAAACUCAAGUAUCCUGCAUGCUUACAUUAUAAUUGCAUUAAUUACACAUUCAGUUCUUUUCAUUCAGCCCAGGGGCCGGUUGUUCAAAGGUGGGUUAGCGCUAACCCUGGGUUAAAAUUAAACCUGCUGUUUUAGUUUGUGUAUUUCUGCACGUCUGUUUAUUUCAAAACUUCAGAGUAGUAAACUCCUAUCGAUCCUGAAAAGAUCUCUGAAGAAAUAUUUCCAAAUUUAUAGACAAGCUGUCAGGAAGUUUGCUUUGAAUUUUAGAUUAACCUAGGAUUAAGUUAACCCAGCUUUGAACCCGCCCAAGGAAAACAACAUAAACAUUUUUCAAAUCCAAUUUUCGUCCAAAUUGAAAAACUCAGUUUGGUUCUAAAGAUUAGUUUUUAGCUUCGAUAUUGCAUUGGCAAAACCCCUUUUAGGGAAUAUAGAAGAAAAACUGGCAUAUUGCUGAACAUUUUUUUUUUCACUUUCAGGGAGAUUUUUUUACAGCGCGUCGUUUAACGCACGUUUCAACGCAAGGAGGGACAAAUUUACACUUCGUAAAACAAUAUUCUCUCCAGUUAAGUAGUGGCGAGGGAGAUUGGAUGGACUACAAAGAAAAUGGCGUUUUAAAGGUUUGUUUUUUUUUCAAAAUAAAGAGGAAUAUAUUUUGAUUGACUUAUGCGUGUGAUUUAUUUUUGAAAAAUUAUUCGGAGUAUUUAAUUUAAUAUUGGAUUACGUGCUUCCAGAUAUUUAAAUAAAGUUAAAACACUCAUUAAUAAUUCAUACGCUUUUUGAAAAAUCAUGUAAACCAUAAUAUGUCACGUGAAGUGGCUUUAUAGUUUAUACCUGAUAAAACCCAUCUUCAUUAAUAUUGUUUAUAUAAAGUCAUUCCUAAUUAGUAUUCUCUUUAUGUAAUGAAUACUGAUUGUAGGUGAUUUAAAUACUAUUUAAAACAUUCGCAGUGCGUGUUUAUCAGACCUAAAGAUACUCGGCUGAUAAUAUCUGAUAAAACACUCUGCUCAUGUUUUAAAUAGCUUCAAAAACGAUCGAUCUAGUAAGUUCAUUGGCGAAGUAAUUUUCAAAAAACACGUUGUGUAAGUUGAGAAAAUCAAAGUUAAAGUUUAUGUAAAUCAAGGGAAAUUUCUAUCACAUAUAAGGAUAUAUAUAACACGCUUAUGAUUUUUCUUUGUGUUUUCCCAUAGAAAUAAUAGACAUGUCUAUUAUUUCUAUGUGUUUUCUCAUGAAUUAUUAAUGAGUUUUUGAAGUCAUGUAAAGCAUUUGAAGUGGUGUUUUAUCGUGUCUAAAAUGCAUUUUCAAUAUGAUGAAACACUCCAAUACGCGUGCUUUAAAUAGUACAUAAUUAUAUAUUUAGUUUUUAUCUUAGUGAAUUCGAAUCGAAUGUGGUGACUUUGAAUUACAUGCACGUUGAUUUAGAUAUUUGAAGGCAACAACGAACUCACGCUAAGUGAUGCGUCGCAUGUUGUAUCGAACUGCUUGAAAGAAACAAAACUAACGAGAAUGGUGAAGAUUUACCCCAUUGCUUGUGAAGGAUCAUGCUCAUUGAGACUUGAAGUUUACUCGUGCUCUGAAUGUAAGUUGAAAUUGAUGUUUUUGGCAUUUGACUCAUAAGAUAUCUAUAGUAGGGGUAAGCGCGUAACUCCCACUGAGCUCUCUAUGUAUAUAUCUGGAGUGAGAACUCGCCCAAUCUCGUUCCCCGACCAUGCCCGUUCGCAGGUUAAGGGACCGAACCCAAGCAUAGCAACAAGUCAUGCUAUGCAAAUUUUUAUAAACGUUUUCUCUUCAAUCUAUUUACUUACAUGCAGGUUUAUUAGACCUGUUGCCAUGACUAGCUUCGGUACUGCUCGUCUCUUCCGCUUCUUGCGUGUUUUGUCCUUCUAUCCAGCUGUAGUCCCAGACUGAACUACGCAAAAUCGUUAUUCAUUGAUCUUUCUUUCUACAUUUAGCUUGCUCAAAAGCCGUCGGUGUUCAGUACACAAAUAAGAUUCAUCGUGACAGAAUGACAGCGUCGUCCAACAGGUAUGAUGGAAAUCCAUAUAGAGGAAGAUUACAUGCUACAAAUUUGCAAUGGACCACGGACAGUCAAAGGCCCAACGAAUUUCUUGAAAUAUGGUUCGAUGAAUUAUUGAAAGUGACAUCCGUGGCAACGCAAGGUGGCAUUAAUUGUUGGGUGAAAAGUUUUGGCAUUUCGUAUCGCGAUAAGAACCUCAAGUGGAAAGUGUAUAAAGGAAACAAUGGAGCG